AUGAAGAUUUCAUCAAAGUCAGUAUCAAGUCCAAGCAGAGCAGAGAAAUUUCCACCACCAUUGAUAAUGUUCUUGAGGAGCAAUGGCGGCAGUAGAAGCAGAGGCAGGUCACGUGCAAGCCCAAUGUUUUACUUGCGCAGUAAAAAGAAUGCAGCAGCGAUAGAAACAGCUCAGGAACCAUCCUCACCUAAAGUCACUUGCAUUGGUCAAAUCCGAGUUAAAAGGUCCUCAAAAUCCUCAGAGCCCAAGAAAACAGGCGCCACCACAAGCUGCCCCUGUGGGUGGUUCAAGAAAAUUAACUGUUACAAUUUUACCUCAAGAUUUCAUAAACCAGAGCCCCUCCGCCGGUUAUUUAUCAAAUGCGGUUUGUUUUUCCGGUCUCAAUGUUGCAAGAAAGUUGAUACCAGAGGAGAUUCUUUUGGGGCCGAACCAAUUCAGACAAGUCAGAAUCAAAACCAUGUUGGUAAUAAUUGUGAAAUUCUAGGACCUCAAUUUCAUGAAAAUAAUGUGGAUUUUCUUGGUUCCACUACUCCACAUGUGGGUACUAAUGAAAUUCUUGGAGCCCAAAUUCUAGAAAAUAAAGGGGAUUUUCUUGGUUGUUCUUCUCCACAUGUUGAUAAUAAUCAUGAAAUUCUUGAAGCCCAAAUUCAAGAAAAUAAAAGAAAUUUUCUUGAUUCUUCUUCUCCACGCAAGAACGCUUUGCUUGAUUCUUCUUCUCCGCCCAAGAACGCUUUGCUUUUGACUAGGUGCAGAUCUACUCCUUUGCAUCCUUUACUACUUACAAGGAGUAAAUCAGAACCAGCAAGAACAGGGGAAAGGCUAAUGCCAGAAACCAGAAGCCAAUUUUGUGGUUGCAAAAAAGGUUUUUAA